CCAAAUCAAACCCGGAAACACAGCGGCUGACUCACGUGACCGACCUUCUGACUUCUCAUUGGCUCAUUCGCUGGUUCACUGCGCGAGUGAACCAGCGGACGGGAGAAGUAGGAAACGGUUCCCGGCAAAAAUAAAAACGUUUUUUCCACGUGUCUCGGUUCGGAGCUGUGGCCCGGUUCCCUGCGGAGCCCCUUCGAUCUGGAAAAUGUCUGAAGAGAUUCCUCAUGAGGAGAAGAAGCCCCAGUCCACCCCAUCCCAGGCCCAGUCCACCCUGUCCCCGUCCCAGGCCCAGUCCUCCCAGGUCCAGUCUACAUCCACGGUCCAGUCCACCCAGUCGCCAUCCCAGACGAAGUCCCAGUCCCAGCCUGGUUCCAGUUCUUCCAGCGUGCCAUCCAGCGGCUCCGGGACUCUGAGCAGUGUGGACACGAUCCCCGUCGCCCUGUCGUCUGUCCCCGAGGAGCCGGAGCCACAACCCUGGGGCCGCCUGCUGCCCAUGAGCCCAGGGUUUAGGAGCCUCGACUGCUUUGAGGACCAGUACCUGUUUGGUCGGGACUCUCAGUGUAACUACGUUCUGAAUGAUCCGAAUGAAAUACGAUCCAAAAAGUUCAGAAUCUACAGCAAGAAACACUUCAGGAUCUACAGAGAGGCCAGCGAGGUCUUCGUGGUGGACUACAGUAACAACGGGACGUUUGUUGAUGGUCUCCGUAUCGGUAAAGACAUGAAGCUUCCUCUGGUCAACAACGCCGUAAUCUCAUUGGCUGAGCAGCGGAACAAAGUCUUUGUCUUCAUCGAUCUGAUGUCGGACCAUCAGUCCAGUUUACCCAAAGAGCUUCAGGAGAAAUAUCUGCUGACUCGACGCAUUGGCACUGGAGUGUGUGGUGAAGUCAAACUGGCCUUUGAGAGAUCGUCCUGCAGGAAGUUUGCUGUGAAAAUAAUAAACAAGAAGAACUUUCAGUCUGAAGGGCAAACACAGACGGCGACGCGGAACGCUCAGACGGAGAUCGAGAUCCUGCAGCGAGUCGACCACCCUUGUCUCAUAAGGACGGAAGACUUCUACCAGACGGAGGACAAUUAUUACAUCGUGUUGGAGCUGAUGGAGGGAGGAGAGCUCUUCCAGAGAGUGAAGGCUCAGCAGCAGCUCAAUGAAUCCAUCGCCAAACUUUAUUUCUACCAGAUGCUGAAAGCUGUUGAGUACCUCCACAGUAAAGGGAUCAUCCACAGAGACCUGAAACCAGAGAACAUCCUUCUGUCCUCACACGACGAUGUCUGUCUCAUCAAGGUGACAGACUUUAACCAGUCUAGGAUCCUGGAAGAGACCCUGUUGAUGAGGACUCUGUGUGGGACCCCCUCCUAUCUGGCUCCUGAGGUCUUCACUCACGCCUCCACGACGGGUUACAGCCUGGCUGUGGACGCCUGGAGCCUCGGGGUCCUCCUCUUCGUGUGUCUGUGUGGUUAUCCACCUUUCCAUGAAAAUUUUGGUCGUCAGUCGAUCACAGAGCAGAUAAUUCGAGGAGAGUUCACCAUGGUGCCGUCCAAGUGGAAGAACAUCUCUGAUCAAGUACUGGUGUCCACAGCUAAGGACGUGGUGAGGAAGCUACUGGUCGUGGACCCCAGCAGGAGGAUGACGAUACAGGAAGCCCUGCAGCAUCCCUGGUUACAGGAUGGUGAGAUGGUGCAGACGGCUCACAGACUCAUGUUCCCCUCCAACGAUGCUGCUGUUGCCACGCCCCAAGAGGCGGGGUCAGCCGACAGGAAGAAACGAAGACGAGAUGAAGAAGAAGAACAUCAGGCCAAACGGAGCAAAGCCCCGCCCCCUGCCAAAGAGAACCAAUCAAACGCAGAUGUUCCUCAGGUUGAUUGACUCGCAUGUCCACGACUGAAACUGUACAUUAAAGUUUGUCUUCGAUUAAAGUACUUAAUAUUUUUCACUC